AUGGCUGGCUCAGCAUGGAUGCUGCUGCUGCUACUGCUGCUCCUGCUGGGGUCCUCUGGAGGGAAGAGGAACAUGGCCCACAAGGGCAUCGGUGAGGCCUGUGAGAACCACCACGAGUGCCAGAGCGGUUGCUGCGUCACCAACAGCCUGAACCCACAGAGGUUCUGCACUCCUCAGACCAUCUUCCUGCAGUGCCUAUCCUGGCGCAGGCCAAAUGGGUACAUCUGCUGGACCCAUGCAGAGUGCCAGAGCCACUGCUGUGUCAGAACUGGCCCUAAGGAGAAUUUGUUCUGCACACCCAAGACCAUCUUCCUGCAGUGUGUGCCCUGGCGCAAGCCGGAUGGCGACUACUGCAGGAGCCACAGCGAGUGCCACAGCCAAUGCUGCAUCCAGCUGAAUGAAGACAGCCCAUACCGCUGUAUCCCACGCACGGGAAUCCUGGCCCAGUGCCUGCCGCUGUCUGGGUGA